GAUUAGCUGGUGUAAUUCAAAAUGGCAGCCUAGUGUGGGGAAAAGUAAUGCGGUUAUUAUGUCAACAUGUCACUUUUGAGACUCUGUGCCUUUCCAAAGUGUCUGAGUGGUCGCAUACUGUUGGAAAUAAGUGUUCGUCGCGUGCCAUAUGUUGACCAUUGCCUUACAAUCCGGAAUAACAUUGAAAGGCACAUUUCAGAGCCACCAUGGACAUCACAACGAAGACAUUUCUCAGCUCUGAUCCCAAAGAAAGAAGAUGGGAAAAAACGAGUAUGGGAACAAUCUCAGCUGCUGGAUGUGCUCGAAGCCAGGAUCCAGCAACUCCAAUCUGACGUCAUUGUAGAUGUCCAACAAGAAAAGGUGCAAUUUGUUAAAGCUUCCAAGUCAGGGAUAGGGGCUUCUUCAGGGAACAGUCCCAAGAAUGUGUUUGGGGAGAGGACUGAGGUGCCCAAGGCGGGACAGACUGUUAGUAAGGGAGGGGGACAGGCUGUUAAAGGAGAGAGCAAAGAUGCAUCAGCCUCCAAAUCCCGCUGGAUGGAGAAACUGAGCCAGGAGAAGAAGACUAAAACAAAGAAACUGAAGCAGAAGCUAGGCCUAGAGGAUAAACCUGUGAAAAGCAGCAAAGGCAAACUGAUGCUACCAGGUACCUCACAUAAAACCAUAUCGACAAAAGCAGGAAUAAAGACUGCAUCAACUGUUAAAAAGAGUAAAAGUCUGAAAAACCAAGAGCACACCAUGGCAGCUUCAAAGCACGAGCACAGUAUGGCAGCUGCACCGGUUGCUGCUGCUAAUGUGCCUAUUAGAAAAGCCAAAGGGAAGGGUAAAGCCUCGAAGGAGCCGGCUCCUGAGUUGUCGGAGGCCAGGAACAGGGCCGAGGAGAUGGAGAGGAAGGCUGAGGCCAAGGCCCGGGAGCUGGCAGAGGUGGAGGAGCUGGAGAGGAAGCUGAACCAGUGGGCUGUGUCGGCCAGACCUGAGCUUGUGCAGGAUAACAGCGAGGCCAGGGUGUACGGCGACGUCCAGCGCAGUGUGCGCUGCUACCUGGAAGCCUGUGUGUUCUGUGGGGACAUCGACAGAGCUCACCGCUUUCUGCUCAGCCACCACCGUAUGGUCAGCCGACGCAACCUGCUCAACAUAGGACUCUACAACAUCAUGAUGAGGGUCUGGGCCAAGAAGGGCUCUUUAAACCAGAUUGGCCGUAUGUUCAUUCUGAUAGAAGAAGCUGGUCUGAAGCCUAACCUUGGCUCUUACUGUGCUGCUCUGGAGUGUAUGGGUCGAAACCCUGACUGUUCGCCACAUGUCAUCAACAGGGUCUUGCGUCAGAUGGAGGAGGAUGGCCUGCCUGUGGACGAGCUGUUCAGUCACUGUGUGUUCAGGCAGGAUGAGAGGGACAUGGUGCUCAGAGCCAUCCACACCGUGCAACCAGACUUCCAGUCCAGCAUCAACACUAUCCUGCAAACCUGCUCCUCACCACUAGUCAAAGACUUCUACACAGAGAGGGCAGAUGCUAAAUACCCCAAGAUGGCCUUCAGCCUGGAGGAGCUGCAGGAGAGGUUUAGCCGUCAGCUGAGCAUCGAGCAGGCCAGCACCAUCACCAUUCACUCUGUGGAGGCCAUGAAGCCUGUCACCUCACACAUGGCCAAGAUGCGGGACCUUCUGGCAGUGCAGCGGUUAGUGUGGCACAAAGCCCUGGUUGGGGCCCUGAGGGAGGGCAAGAUAAUCUUGGCCAGCAGCACCCAGAAAGCCGUCAGACUCAGCCUCUACCCCUACCUCUGUCUGCUGGAUGAAAAGGACUAUGUAGACAUCAUGAUCCAGAGUCUGUCCAACCUGCCUCCCAGUGGGGAGUCUCUCCACAUCCUGGCCAAGGAGCUAGGCAACCGGGUUCACAACAGGUUCUGCAUCCGCAUGAAGGGACACAAUCAGAUGGUGGACAAGCUUAGUCAUAUCUACAAUGAAUAUACUGAGCUGCUGGCCAAAGACUCUAAGGAGUUUGACGUAUUGCCUAGGGAGCGAUGGUGGAAGCUGGAGGCGGAGCAUAGCUCUGGUCCCUCCCUGCUGGGGGACGAGACCCACUGGCCUCACAUGGUGGUGGUGGAGCUGGGUACCUACCUGGUGGACCUCAUGGUCAAGCACAUGAAAGUGAACAGCGACCUCCUCAACUCUGCCUACGACCGAAAGCUCAUCCCUGUGCUCUACCACAUGUACACCUUCCGCAGUAACAAACAGGUCGGCUUCAUCAAGCCGCACCCCAUCCUGACGCAGAUGCAGCAGGAUGCCAUGGACACCACGCUGACCUUUGACUCCUACGUGAUGCCCAUGCUGUGCCCGCCCGUGCCCUGGACCUCGGCUAAAUUCGGCGCUUACCUCCUCACCCCCACCAAAAUGAUGCGCGCGGUGGAAGGCGCCAACCAGCAUGAGAUCCUGCUGGAAAAGUGCCAGGAUGCUGACCUCCAUGCCGUGCUGGACUCCCUCAACCAGCUGGGCAACGCAGCCUGGAGGAUCAACCAGCCCUUGCUGGACAUCAUCAUCUCCAUCUUCAAUGACAAGGGUAGUGAGAAGCUGGAUGUUCCGCCGCCCAACUCUGAGGCUCCUAAGAUUCCCCGCUACAACCAGCAGGACUCAGCCACCUUCACCUCAGCCGAGAAGGCCCACCUGAAGAGGGAGGUGGUUAAUGCCAAGAAGAAGUGCAGUGAGAUGCACAGCCUCAGGAUGGACGCCCUCUAUAAACUCUCCAUCGCCAACCACAUGAGGGACGAGGUCUUCUGGUUCCCCCACAACAUGGACUUCCGCGGGCGCACCUACCCGUGCCCGCCCUACUUCAACCACCUAGGCAGCGAUGUGACCAGGGCCGUCCUGGUGUUUGCGGAGGGGAAGCCCUUAGGGCCGGGCGGGCUGCAAUGGCUGAAGAUCCACCUGGUCAACCUGACAGGCUUGAAGAAACGCAGCUCGCUGGCAGGCAGGUUGGAGUACGCCAACACAAUCAUGGAGGACAUCCUGGACUCUGCAGACAACCCCCUCAUCGGUAAGAAGUGGUGGCAGAAUGCAGAUGAACCCUGGCAAACCCUGGCCUGCUGUAUGGAGAUAGCCAACGCCGUCAGGUCACCUGACCCCACACACUUCAUCUCCCACUUUCCUGUACAUCAGGAUGGCUCGUGUAACGGCCUGCAGCACUAUGCAGCCCUGGGUCGAGACGUGAUUGGUGCCACCUCUGUGAACCUUAUUCCCUGUGAGGUGCCCCAGGAUGUCUACAGCGGGGUGGCACAGCAGGUGGAGGAGUUCCGUGUGCGGGAUGCUGAGAAGGGUCUGAAGAUCGCCCAGGUGCUGGAGGGCUUCAUCAGCAGGAAGGUGGUGAAGCAGACGGUGAUGACGGUGGUGUACGGGGUGACGCGCUACGGAGGACGCCUCCAGAUAGAGAAGAGGCUCAAGGAGAUUGAUGACUUCCCCAAGGAGUAUGUAUGGGAUGCCUCUCACUACCUGGUCCACCAGGUGUUCAGCAGUCUGAAGGAGAUGUUCACCGGCACUAGAGAGAUCCAGGACUGGCUGACGGAGAGCGCCAGGCUCAUCUCUAAGUCGGGCAGCACGGUAGAGUGGGUGACACCCCUGGGCCUUCCCAUCAUCCAGCCCUACCACCGCAGCCGGACACAGAUGCUGAAGGCCACCAUCCAGUACCUGAGUUUCCAGAUCACCCACGACUCUAAAGAGAGACCAGACACUGUGAAACAGAAGAAUGCCUUCCCUCCUAACUUCAUCCAUUCUCUGGACUCCACACACAUGAUGCUGACUGCUCUCUACUGCUACAGCGCCGGCCUGACGUUCGUCUCCGUCCACGAUUGCUUCUGGACCCACGCCAUCACAGUCGACACCAUGAACAAAGUUUGCCGGGAGCAGUUUGUGGCACUGCACAGCCAGCCCAUCCUUCAAGAGCUGUCCAACUUCCUACUGAAGAAAUACUGUUCUGGGCUACAGAGUGAGGUCAAAAGCAAAAAGUUUCUGGAGUACCGGAGAAUGCUGCUGCUGCUGGCCAAAGUGCCCCAAACAGGCAACUUUGAUCUCCAGCGGGUAAAGGAAUCCACUUACUUCUUCAGCUGAGAGGAACAGGCAGACAGGAAGCAGAAGCCAAUGGAGGGAGUUGAGUGGGAUUGACAGGCUGUGAGGCUGAACACUGGGAGGGCUGCGUGGGGCCUGGGAGGCUGGGAGGUCUUGUCUCCCUCAGACAUCGGCUGAUUGAUCCACAGCCCGCUGGGCGAAGCCAAGGCCUUCGGAAGCAGCUCAAUCACUCAUAAUGACCCAGACAGACAGCUAGCCACAGACCAUUGUGGGAGGAGAAGAGGAAAGGCCAGCUCUGGAGAGGAGAGGAGAGAAACUGGGUGGUUGUGAGAGAACGUUUCCGUGUGUCAAUGUGUGCGAAUGACAUUUCUUGAUGAGAAUGUGAACGUUGCUUUAUACUGUAUUACGCUCGUGUUCCUCACACCUGUGUGUCCUCCCCUUAUCAGGUAUACCCCCAUUACAUAAAGAGCCAGAGACACUAAGCGAGACUUCUGAGUGAGCGUUUAUCAACGGUGUAGCCCAGUGUGGUCGGUCUGUGCCCUCCAUCCCCCCUCCUUCUCUGGGCAGAGUCGGUCGGCUCUCUCCCUCCGGCUAACACCUGGGUCAUUAAAGCACAUGAUCCUGCCUUUCAUCGAUUCAGAGGCACCCAGGAAGAGAUGCCCACUCUCACAUUUCGAGCGAUACUUCAUUUACAUCACAAGUUUCCAAUAGAGACAGUUACUCUCACUUACAGAGAGAGGGAAGAAGAUAGAAAUAAUGGAUUGGAAUGGGGGAGAAAUCUGUGACUUCGUGUUCUUAUUUUCACCUUUUGGAGUAAUUAAGCAAUAGAUAUUUUUUUUUAAAUAAACAUGUAUUUCUUAAAGCAUCUCUUGUUAAUUUGAUGAUAAGAGUUUUGAUUGGAUUAUGUGUUUACAGACAUGGGGGUUUAUUUCAUUAUAUCUGUACCCUUUAAUUGUAUCGAGCGUCAUAAGAUGGUCCACAAAGGGUUUGAAGAAUUGCUAAUCAACAAAGAUCAUAUUUUUCUGGGCCAGUGCCCACAUCUAGAGGUAAAAAAAAAAGCAGAAAUGGUAUCUGAUCUGGGCUUCAAACGCAACAGCAGUUUCAGACAAAAGGUGCUGAGUCAAUGUUCAAAUGCAAAUGUAGCCUAGACCCAAACAGAACUGGCUGUGAGAGGGAGGACGUCAUGAAAUAUGGAUGAUCCUGCUGUUUAAAAAAAUAAAAAAAGCCACAUUCUUUUUUUCUGCUUUUCCAGUCUGUGUAACUGGUCAUUUGUUUGCCAUGAAUCUGGCACAGUUACAAUUGUAUGUAGCGUUGAUGAAUUAUUUUAGUGUUGCAGUUGAAACGGAAUACUUCGGCGACACUACUUAAACUAAACCAUUUCAUAAAUACAGUAUUACUGAACAAUUCGCAUG